CUUAUCCCCGUGGAAGCACGCGCCCACCCGCCCGUUAUCUGCCUCUCUCUGUCCGCUGGUUGUUGUCUCACGAGGCUUGAGUGUGACCGUGUCACGUUAACAUGGUUUGCAGGGCUCAGCCGCAGUAGCAGCAUAAGAAGAGAAAGAAGUAGAGACAGUAGCUGUGUGUUCCAAGCAGCCAGUCCGGACUCUCUCCCAUCUCACAUCUAUCGACCGGAGGACGCAGCCAGACAACCGAACUUCCCCCCAUCUCUUCCCGUCUCUCUCGCUCCCAGGUCCCCAUCGCGACGCUCGGUGAUCAGGAGCUUGCGGAGCUCUCUCUUAGAUAAAGGGUUGUAACCAGGGGCCUGGUAGGUGUUGUUGCCACUGAGACUGAGUGUGUGUCGCCACGGUGUUGCGUCGUUGCCAUGGGGAAACAGAACAGCAAGCUACGGCCAGAGAUGCUUCAGGACCUGAGAGAGAACACAGAGUUCUCUGACCACGAGCUACAGGAGUGGUACAAGGGAUUCCUAAAGGACUGUCCCAGCGGCAACCUGAACGUCGAGGAGUUCAAGAAGAUCUACGCCAACUUCUUCCCGUACGGAGAUGCCUCCAAGUUCGCCGAGCACGUCUUCCGAACGUUUGACACCAACAACGACGGCACCAUCGACUUCCGGGAGUUCAUCAUCGCGCUGAGUGUCACGUCACGGGGAAAGCUGGAGCAGAAACUGAAGUGGGCCUUCAGCAUGUAUGACCUGGAUGGGAAUGGGUACAUCAGCCGUGAUGAGAUGCUGGAGAUCGUACAGGCCAUUUAUAAAAUGGUGUCGUCUGUGAUGAAGAUGCCGGAGGAUGAGUCCACGCCGGAGAAGAGAACAGACAAGAUCUUCAGACAGAUGGACCUCAACAACGAUGGUAAACUGUCCCUGGAGGAGUUCAUUAAAGGUGCCAAAAGUGAUCCCUCCAUCGUGCGGCUACUCCAGUGUGACCCCAGCUCCGCCUCCCAGUUCUAAUCCCGCCCACCUGGCCUGCCACAUCCACCCCGGUUGCUAUGGAAACGCUCAAAUCAGUGCAUGAUGGUUCUCGUCUCUCAUAUCUUUUUGUUGUACAAGUUGGAAGAAGAGUUUUAAAAUGAGAUGAAACUAAAAUCAUUCUAAGUUUUUUUUUUUUUAAGAAUAUAAAUAAAAGAAGGGACAUGAAUAGAUUAUUAUUAAGAAGAUAAUACGACAACUGAGAAUACAAAAAACAAGGCGUUGCCAAGGCAUUUCGUUGUCCGGUGUGUUUUCCCGUCUCUCUCCGGAUCCCGGAAGGAUGGAAUUCUGCUGAGCUCCGCUGCCUCACAACACCCGGGAAGGCCGUCGGCCAUUUUUUACAGAGUCUGGAAUUUUGGGGGAGAGAAUUAAGGGAACAUUCCAUCCUGAGAACCA